AUGGCAAGCAUCGAUGAGACGCUGCGGGAGGCUAUCGACCAGUACGUGGAUUCAGACUUGGUUACGGAUGAGUUAAAGGAGGUGACGUUGAAGAAAGUUUUGAAAGCCUUGGAUGCUAAACGCCUCGAGCUGCUGGACAUCGUCCUACACUUGGAGAAGGUGAUGAACGACGCCAGCAACCCGACAGGGCGCAGGCAUGCCAUCCAAUUCCUGGCAGAGUGUCUCAGAGACAUAGCAGAGCUCAAGAUGAACUUUAAGCAUGUGGAGACAUUUGCCAGCUUCUUCUCUUCCAAGCUGAGCGAUUGGCAAUGUGUGGAGGGUGCCAUUGGGGGAAUUCUGGUCUUGCUGCGGCGGCAGGGGGCCCUGGUGCGCACUCUGAAGAAAGAGUUGCCCGGUGGAGACGAAGAGUCACUCGCCCUGCACCUAGCGCGAUCAAUUUUCAAGGAGGUACAUACUCCUUCUCAUACACAGGCUGUGAGAAAAACCGUGCUCGACACAGCAAUCCUUCUGAUGGAUGAGUGGCACGCAGAUCUUGUGUUGCUUGGGCCGCAGCUUGGCGAGGGCGUAGCAGCGGCCAUCGAGGAAGAGCGGGAUCCGCGAAAUUUGCUAGUCUCCUUCACUAUUGUGAAGAAGGCCUUCGAGGACUUCCCGCCAGAGUGCGUGAGCAAUGAGACAUUAAUCUCGCUUUUCGAGACACUUUCCUCAUACUUUCCAAUCACGUUUGAGCCUCCGAAGGGCGACAAGAUUGGCAUCACUGGGGAAGACCUUAGGCAAGGCUUGUCUCAGGCGCUCUCUGCAACUGACCGCCUGGCAAAUUAUGUUGUGCCCUUCCUCCUGGACUCCAGCAAAGACAUUGAAGCCGACAGCGAUGCCACUGUGGAGCAGGCCAUGGGCACCCUACAAUUCUGUUUGGAGAGAUAUGGACAGCAGACCGCACAGAGGUACAUCAAGGAUAUCAUUGCCACUGCAAGGGAUCAGGUAUGUCGCACUAAGACGACAUGCAGCAAGGAGUUUUGCACUGCAGUCACCAAAGCACUGCAGAUUGCGAUGAAAGGCGUCCCUGCUGGUCUGCACCCUCACUGGCUCUCCAAGGAUGUAUCUCCAGAAUUGAAAGGGAUCGCCGAGGAUGCGGCCCUAGGCCGGAUGUCUUUGGCUUCUGAUGGCGCUAGGCAGCUUUUGCUUGCCAUGGCCGCGGCACAUAGAGUGAUGUUUGAAUGCAUAUGGCGGCCGUUGAUGGAUGCCGCGCUGGUCAAAUCAGACAACGCUGAGCAGACGUCGUUCAGCUUGGACAUGCUACAUUUCCUGGUGGAUCUGCUUCAGUUAAGACCACAGGGCAGCCUUGCCUCGAAGCAACUUCAGCCAGCGCUGGCUGCAUCUCUCGCAAGUCUCUUCUCUAUCCAUCCAUAUGAAUCGGGUGACGAUGAAGGGAUUGAAGGGGGAAGGAGCAGGCUUUUCAGCACCGCACUGGAGCUGGUGGGGCAGCUGUCAGUCAUGGUGGGUGAUGCCCAUUCUAGAGACGCAUUUGUCGCACUGAAAGACGCCCUGCUUGGUGGCGGGACAAAUGGAGAUGGAGGAGGUCACAGCACCUGGGCACAAGCGUGGCAUGCGGAGCUGUCCCUGAAAGCUGCGAGUGACCAGUGCGUGUCUGCCCUGGUUGCCGCGGUAUGCAAAAUUGUGGCUAGCCAGCCAAGCAGGGCAAGCGAGUUUGCCCAGUCUCUGCAAAGUGUUGCGAUGAACGCGUCUCCGUGGUUGGCAUAUGUACUUCCUAAGCUGCUGGCCUACACUGCGUUGAGCCUGGCAACAGCCAAGCAAGCCCAGCCAGAUGUCCAUGCAGGAGCCGAAGAACUCAGCAGCAAGCUGUUGCAGCGCGCAGCGGCAAUCUUCAAACAACAUGGAGCCAACGGUCACUUCGAGGUCUUGGGUGCAUUUGCUGACGCCUUGGAGGCUCCAGGUGAUGGCAGCACCUGGGCCUCUGGGCAGCUGGCACAUGCACUUGGGUUGCCUGACACGAUUCCGGAGCUUGUCGAGGGCCUGUCAACAGAUCUGGAGGGAGGAAAUCCGCCCACCAUCGACAUGGUCCUGAAUCGCGCUGAUGCGUCUCGGCGCUUCAUGCGUGUCCUUUGCCGGCACCUACCCGAGCAGCAGGCGACGGCCUUGCAGCGCCGUCUCUUGGAAUCCGUGGCGCUGAGCUCCUGCAACGUGCUAGCCAACUGCACUGCGCUGGUGCCUGGCGUGCUUCCGCAAGCUGCAGAGCAUAGCUGGAGCUUCUGUCGAAAGACAAUGCCUGCAGUGUGCCGCUGCGCUUCGGGAUCUGACCCUGAUCUCAGCUCACCAGCAGCAGAGGCUCUCGCUCUCCAGGCCCUGGAGUCAUUGGUUGAGUCUUGCCCGGAUGAGGAGGUUCCAUCGCUUCUUCAGAAUUUCCGGGACACCUUCGGGCAGCUUUUGCGAGGUCAUAGCACGGCGAAUGAUCGUGCCAGCCGUGGCGCCGCGACGUGCUGGGCCUCCGCUACAGCAGCGCUGCUGCGACGGCGUGGCAGUUGCUCUGAGCAGGCUGGCAGCUUCUUAGAAGCCCUUCUGCAAGCCUUGGACGAGGAAGCACCUGUGGGGCCGCAUGUUCCAGCUGCAUUCCGGGUUUUGGCGCCUGUAAAGGUGGACGCCGGCAAGACUGCUCGAGUGGCGCUGCCUCCGAUAGCUUUGCAACAGCUCUCGCGGACUGUUCUGCCAUCUCUUGUGUCCCGAGCAAAGGCGAUGGGUAGUGUUGCAUGGGCACGUCGAGCAGCCCUAGAAAGUGCCGUUACCCUGCUGGCGGCGCUUUCUGUUGAGGUUGCUUGCGUGGAUUGCAGUGAAGAGCUGAGGUGGUGCACGCUGACGGGGUUGAAGCGCUUGAAGGAGAGCGCUGCAGCUUCACAUGCUGAUCAGGCCUCCGCGUUUGCCGUGCAGGUCCUGCAGCUGCUGGUGCGUGCAAUCCAGCAUAGCCAGUCGUGGGUGGAGGACGAACUUCACUCUAUAGUUGGUCCACUCUGCGAGCUCUGCAGCAGCCACUGCAAACCCCUG